AUGGUCGGCCAUGCUCCAACCAGUUUCGAACGCCGUAUCGCCGAUGUUCUACCUCCUCGAAAGGGUUGGUGGAAUUAUUGGUACCUUUGGAGACUGAACUUCGCCCUCCUGAGUUCCAUCCUCUCCCAAGCCACUGGUGGCUACGAUGGCUCCCUGCUGAACGGUCUUCAAUCCCUCCCGCUCUGGACCAGUUACUUCAAUCACCCGGCCGGCGCCAAUCUCGGCGUCUUGAAUGUCGCUCUAUCCAUUGGCCAGAGUGUGUCCACGCUCAUCGCUGGGUUUCUUUGUGACAUGUUCGGUCGCCGGAUUCCUUUGGGCAUAGGCUGUUGGCUCGUCAUCAUCGGCUCCGUCAUCGGAGCGGCAGCCGCCAACUUCGGCAUGUUCCUAGGUGCCCGCAUUCUGGUCGGCUUUGGUUGUGGUCUUCAACAAGUUGCUAGCUCAAGUCUGCUGGCGGAACUCUCGCAUCCGAGCCAGCGUGUGCAGGUACAGACCAUGUUCGCCCCCUCUUACCCACUUGGGGGUAUCGUUGCGGCGUGGGUCACGUACGCCACCUAUGCUUACAGCACUACCUGGAGUUGGCGUCUUCCUCUGGUGCUUCAGGCCGUGUUUGCACUUCUGCAAUUCAUCUGCCUGUUGUUCUGCCCGGAAUCACCCCGAUGGCUCAUUGCCACAGGCAAGAGACAGAAAGCGAUCGACGUCUUGGUCAAGCACCAUGCGAAUGGCGACAUUGAUUCUCCAUUGGUCGAGCUCGAAGUCGCAGAGAUCGACUCUCAGAUCGAAGCUGAUAGUAUCGCGAAAGCCUACUCGUGGAUGGAGUUUUUCAAGACGAAGGGAAGUCGCCGUAGAUUCUACAUCAUGUGCUUUUUCCCUUUCGCUCGUCAGUUCACCGGCUCCAACCUCAUAUCCUACUUCCUUCCGUUGGUACUCAACAGCGUCGGUAUCACGAAUAGCAAAGAGCAACUUAUUCUCAAUGGAGGUGUCAACAUUUGCGCCUUCCUCUUCGGUAUAUCAGCCUUUUUAUACGUCGAUUAUUUUGGCCGUCGGUUAGUCCUCAUCUUGCCGAUGGCCCUUUGCGCCGCCUCUUUGGUAGUCUGGACCAUUCUUGGUGCGCUUAUGGACAACUCCAGCAACACUGGUCUUGGAUACGGAAUCGUGGCCAUGGUCUUCUGGUUCCAGGGUUGGAUUCACGUCUUCGACGCCGCUGCCGAGCCGUACAUCCAAGAAAUGUCCACCUUCGCCCUUCGAUCCAAGAUCGUCGUGAUGUGGCAGUUCGGCCAGCAAGUUGUGUACUAUAUCAGUUCCUUCGCAAAUCCCGUCGCGAUGCCUGAGCUGGGAUGGCGCUACAUUAUCAUCUAUGCCGUUCUCGACGCCGUGUACAGUCUCGUCAUGUUCCUGUUCUUCCCGGAGACCAAGGGCCUCUCUCUUGAGGAGUGCGUUCUUGUGUUCGAUGGUGAAGAAGGAGUCGAGAGGCAGCUUGCAGCAGAGAAGGAAUUCGAGCAAAUGCGAAAUGCGCAUAGCGUUGCUUAUGCCGACCGCGAACUCCUCAAUGCCAGUGUCAUUCAAACGCACCUGUACAUAUGUAAACUCUGA